AUGGCCCUCAACCCCGCAGACCAGCAUCUUAGACAUGUAGAAAAAGAUGUUUUGAUCCCUAAAAUGAUGAGAGAAAAGGCCAGAGAGCAGUGUUCUGAACAAGUUCAAGAUUUUACCAAAUGUUGCAAAAACUCUGGAAUCCUUAUGAUUGUGAAAUCUUGGAAAGAAAAUUCUGCAUUGAAAGAAUGUCUAACUUCUUACUAUAAUGAUCCAGCUUUUUAUGAAGAAUGCAAAAUGGAGUAUCUGAAGGAAAGGGAAGAAUUCAGAAAAACUGGAAUUCCUGCAAAGAAAAGGCUACAGAAGCUUCCUACAAGCAUGUAGGCAAAUAUUCCUUUCAUACUCAGGAACUCUAAUAUUCCUGGAAGUCAUUUAUAGUAUAAAUCACCUGAAAUAAUGGACUCAAGAAUGUGUGUUUGCUUUAACCUAAUUAUGGAAAUAUUAAGUUUAUCUGAAAUAAAUAUUUUAUUUCAAAAAAAAAAAA